ACUUUAGUAGAUUUUGGUUAAAUUUCGUUUUGAGUGAAUUCGGGAAAGUUGUAAAUAUUUUUACUGAUUGAUAUUAAAUUGAAUUAAUAUUCCUACUGGGUACGUUUGUUUUAUUUUACAAGAGCUUUCUUUCCAUUUCAAGCAUAAAUGUCUUGGAUUUAAUCUCUAAUUAGACUUCAGUAGUAGAAAGUAUAGCAAUUAUGCCAUUAUUUGGAAAGUCUCAAAAGAGUCCUAGUGAGCUGGUCAAAGUCUUGCGAGAAGCAAUUGUUGCUUUGGAAAAAGGAGAUAAAAAGGCUGAAAAGGCACAAGAAGAUGUCUCUAAGCACUUGGCCCUCAUGAAGACAAUGCUGUAUGGUAGCAGUGAUCAAGAACCCAAUUCUGAUAUUGCUGUGGCACAGUUAGCACAAGAACUGUACAACUGCAAUAUGCUAUUGCUUCUUGUUCAGAACCUGCCAAGAAUAGAUUUUGAGGGCAAGAAGGAUGUUGUUCAAAUCUUCAGCAACAUUCUCAGGAGACAAAUAGGGACACGAUUACCUACGGUUGAGUACAUUUGUACAAAGCCUGAAAUUUUAUUCACUUUAAUGAAAGGGUAUGAGAAACAAGAUAUUGCCUUGAAUUGUGGCACAAUGCUUCGAGAAUGCAUUCACUAUGAAGCAUUAGCAAAAAUUAUCCUAUAUUCAGAUGAGUUUUAUAAUUUCUUUAGAUAUGUUGAGGUAUCUACAUUCGAUAUUGCGUCCGAUGCCUUCUCCACAUUUAAGGAAUUAUUAACUAGGCACAAGGUUCUGUGCUCUGAAUUUCUUGAAGUGAAUUAUGACAGAGUUUUCAGCCAUUACCAGCAUUUAUUGAAUUCAGAAAAUUAUGUUACUAAAAGGCAGUCUCUGAAAUUGCUAGGUGAAUUGCUAUUAGACCGUCACAAUUUUACAAUCAUGACUAGAUAUAUCAGUUCUCCUGAUAAUUUGAAAUUGAUGAUGAAUAUGCUGAAAGAAAGAAGUAGGAAUAUACAGUUUGAAGCUUUUCAUGUUUUCAAGGUGUUUGUAGCCAAUCCUAACAAGCCUAAACCAGUGUUAGAUAUUUUAUUGAGAAACAAGGAUAAGCUAGUGGACUUUUUAUCGAAUUUUCACACUGACCGUUCGGAUGAUGAACAGUUCAACGAUGAGAAAGCCUAUCUAAUCAAACAAAUCAAAGAGCUUAAACCAGAUGAUUAGCAGACAAAAAAUAAAUUUAGAUCUAGCUUUUUUGGGGGAAAACAUGAAAGAAAUUGUGGCUAUAGACCAUCUAAAAAUAUUACUUCCAUUAGGUUAAGCUGUAGAUAUUGUGUAUAUCAAGCUCAUGUUUUGAUGCAACAGAUGAGAAAUGUGCAUGACAGGAAUAUCAGUGUCCAAUUUUAUUGAUAUUGUGUUUAUUUUACAAUAAAAGCAGAGUUAAUAAAGACUGAAAAUAUAUCUGUUGAUAUUGUUUCCCUUUGUAAACAGUUCAGGUCCUUGAAAUUAAGCAUUUUUGUUUUAUGUGUUGAAGAAAUUGUGUUUUCUCUUUUUUUUAUGUAAUUAUUUUGUCACAGUAUUUGUUGAUCUCUCGGCAUUAGCGACCCCCCCUCUCUCUCUCCUCUGCGUCAUAAAUGUUUUUCUGUUUUUAAUUGAAAUAUAUUUUUCCAUAUGACAGAGGAAAAUGCACUUUUGUAAUUUUAUUCUUAUGCCUACAGUACUGUAUGUGCUUUGAAAGAAAAGAUGCUUGAACUAUUUUGUAUACAUUUUAUUGUAUUUUCAGUCUGAAGUAAAACUUGUCUUGGAAUUAUGUUUUGCAGCAUAAAGUUUUUCUGAGCUAUAUUUACAGUAUUUUUAAUGUAUAUAUAGUGAUGAUUUUUUAAAAAGAUAUCACUGCAAUUCAGUUCGAUGAUUGCAACUUAAUAAAUUUAGAAUUUCUUGUACUUCUUAUUUCAUUAUGCAACUUUGAAUAAACAUGAAAUAAAAUUAUUUACUGAAAAUAUGAGGAUAAAAUCUGCUUAUUUUAAUUUGAUGUUAAAAAUAUAAAAUUUGUUAUCUAAUUUAUUAUUUAAAUAAUUUUUUAAGAUUUUUUUAAAUAUGUGUGAACUGGUAUCACACAUUUAUGGCCAACAAGAAUUUGUGAAGUGUAAUUUGUUUCAAUAUUUUCCUCUUUAUAAUAAUAAGAUUCUUAUUGAAAUGCAGUUAAUUAUUUUUAAUAAGUUGUAUAAUAAUAAAGCAGUACAAAUCUGUAAAAUAUGUAAAACUUUUUUAAUUGAAAAAUUUUUCCUUUCAUUAUUUUGAUGUAAAUUUAAUUAACCAUCUGUAUCACUUUAGUUCUAAACAGUGAUGGAUUUAAGAAAAUAUUUUAUCACUCUUAUAUAUUUAAUCAAACUACUUUUUUCAAGAAAAUUUAGGUAUGCAGGGUAAAUUUGCAUCUGAAAAAUGUAUUUAUAUGAAUAAAAGAAAGUGUAUUAUAAGAUAUUUUAAGUGCAUAAUUCAAACUUUACAAAAUAAAGAUAUCUGGAUUUAUAUAAUAGGAAAAACCUAUUUUUCUGAUUACAUUCUACUCAAUGUAAUGCCUGUUUAGAAAUAUGAUUUUAUAAACACUUAAAUGUAACAACUUUUUAAAUAAUAUAAACUGUAGCUGUCAUUGAGGAAUAUUCUUAAAUCUAAUACAGUAAUUUUAUUAAAAGAUUGGUGGAUUUUUAAAAAAAAUAUGCAUUAAUGAUUUUUUCAUUGUUAUGGUAUUAUUUUCCGUAUAAAUUUAAUCAUAAAUGAUAUUUAUUAAUUAUUUUUACAUAAAAUAUUUUUGAAACAUCUAAAUUAUUAUAAAAAUAGAUUAUUGCAAUAAAAAGUAGCAAAACUGCCAAACUAGGAUAUUUCAGUUAAAACUAUUUUCAUAUAUUAAGUGUUCGUUUCAUCUUUUUAUCUCAUUUAUGAGUUAAAGUUUUGUAGGCCUUUAUUUAAACCAUUUAAAUUGAGAUUAAUUUAUUCAUUAGUAGAUUCUUUCUUGUCUUGUAUCCUUUUAUUUGGUUGUUGAAGGUUGUAGGAAAAUCCUUUUCUUUGUAUUUUUUUUGUGAUAAUUUUAGUGAUGUAAAAUUUCUCAUUAUAUUUAAAUGCUAUUUUUUUUGUGCUAUUAUGUAAAGCUGAUAUCCAAAUAGGUAUAAAUGCAAUAUAGUGUGAAUUUGUGUCAGCAUUUAGUUUAGCCAAGUAUUUUAAUUCAGCUAAUAUUUUAUUAGGAAUAUGUUUGUGUGUAAAGGAAAAGGUUUUUUUAAAUUCCAUUAUAACAUUUUUCGUAACAAAUUUUGUGUAUAACAUGACAAUGAGUUUACAUGUGAGGGCUUCCUUUAUCUGCAUUUGUGAUAACAUUACUUAAGAAAAUGUUUAAUUUUCUUUGUUUGUAUAGGAACACAAAAUUGUUGAUUUUUAUAAAAUUUAGUGUUGAAUUACAUCAAAUUAUAAGUGUAGUUAUACAUUGUCUUUUUUGGCUUGGUAAAAUAUUGUGAAUAUUUAAGCUAAAUAAACAUAAUAUUUGAAAAAAUAUUUAAGUAAAGUCAUCUAUGACUUUUUAAAAUUUUGAAUUUCUGAGUAUUGGUAAAAUUUUUGAACUUUUAUUUUUUUUGCUGCUGAUUAAAUAUCAAUUUAAAAUAUAUCAUGCUUAAACCCAUUUAAUUUCAAACUUAAUUUGUUCAUUUAGACUUAUUUUAAUACAUUUUAUUUCUUCUUUUCAAAUCAGUAAAUGCAAUUAUUGAGGUCCAACUGUUGGCAUUGUGUGUUUGCAGUUACUUUUGUAAAACUGUAAUGCUAAAUUAAUAGCUAGUAGAUAAUUUAGGAAUAUCAAUAUAUGCCUUAUGAUUUUUAUUGUUGUUGAUAUAAUUGCUUUGUUUAUAAAAUGGGAACAAACUGUGGAAGAAUUGAUAACUGUUUCUUAAUACAAAAAAAUCUGUAAGUUGUAUUCUAGAAACUUGCCUUUGAAAUGUAGAUUUUUUUUUUUUUUUUUUUUUUUUUCUAUAAAUGGGGAAAAAAUGUAAAACAAUUAUAGAAAAAAACUUUUUUAAAUGAGACUUUUGGGGUCUUUAAUGUUUUAUGUCAAGUAAUUCUAAAUUUUCCUACCAUAUUAUUUGUUAUUGUGAAUUAAUUUUAAUGCUGGGGAAGGGAGGCCAUUUUUAAAUAAAUUUAUUAUGAUUAACUCAAUAAAUUUUGUUCUAUUUAUAUCAUAAUUUUAAUAAAAAAUACAAUGAAUAAGAUUGGGAAAAGUAUAUUAAGGCUCUGGGAUUGAGCAAUAUCUCCCCCCUUUUUUUAUAGAUUCUAAAAUUGCUAAACCAUUUGAAAAUAUUAAAGUAAAAAUAAAGCAAUUUAACUGUUAUUUGGAAUAGACAGGGAAUAGAAGAUUAUUUUAUUUUCUGAACCUCACAUAGGAAUGUGCCUGCGUGUUUAUAUGUAUGAAUAUGUUAGUGAGUAUAUAUAUACACACAUGCAUAGUUUAUAUUUGUAUAACCAACACAUGUUAUAAAUUGUUUUUUGAUCCUAUUAAUUAUCUGAAAUAAAAUUUUAUGAAGUGUA